AUGAACGACACGAUAACGUCUUCAUCUGCCUCUAGUGCUCCAUCCAGGGUGACUCUGCAUCUUGGUCAUCUCCCUAGCAAGAAAGAUAUCAAGGCGCCUUGGCCCAGAACACCUACAAGGGUUGACCCCAACAAUCCGCCUUGGCCAGCGUACCGCGGAUAUCAUGAGUAUUCUUUCGCUCAUGCCACUAUGCAGUCGAGGUUGCCCACUAUCCUUGGGAAGGCCAUUGAGGACGCGACUAGAACCCUCAACAAUCAGUCUCCGGAAGAGGAAGUCAUAGAUCUCGUCCAAUGUAUCGAGCGCAUGGGCGAACUCAUGACUGACUUGAGUGGAAACGCCAAGUUGCGCCCAAUCGUCGACGACAACGAGGCUGAUGUUGCCCUUUGGAACAAAGAAAUCGCCAAAUACUUUCAAGGUAAAGAUUUCAUGAACGCGCCUUGGCUUUUUGCAGAGGCAUACAAAUAUCGUCGGCUCCACGAGUGCUUCAGCGUUAGCAAGUUCUGGCGGAACUACGAUGUCUUCUACAGACAAAAAAACGACACCUUUUCUCGCUCUUCCGAUGCUGUCUUUGAGUUAUCUAUGCGGUUUGCCGAACCCUUCAAAAUCGCAGAAGAACUAUCUCGAGCCGAGAAGCUUGAAGCAGAACGACUCAUGUUCCUUGAGCUCACCCAAGUUUGCCUUUGGGGUAAUUCUACGGACCUCUCCCUUUUAAUAAACAUGACAGAAGACCAAAUCAAGUCCCUUCAAUCCACUGGUGGCGACCAUCUUGCAGCCACUGAGAAGAAUAUUCUUGGGAACGAUUUGACUAGGCUUUGGGAAACCGUCAAAGAGCUCCGCGAAAAAACCGGUGGAAGAAUUGACUUCGUUCUCGACAAUGCAGGCUUUGAGUUGUACUGUGACUGCGUCUAUGCGGAUUUCCUAUUGCAAAGCGGCCUUGCGACGCAAAUUCGUUUCCACGGCAAGCGUUUUCCUUGGUUUGUGUCAGAUGUAACCAAAAAGGACUGGGAAUGGCUUCUUAACACGCUGGUGUAUGGUCAAUUGUUCCCUAAUGCGACCGAUGUAGAACUGGAGUCUCUCCGAAGACUCGGAAGGCGUUGGAAGCAAUACGAGAAAGAGGGGAAAUGGGUAUACGAGCAGCACCCGUUUUGGUGCACUGGAUACACUUUUUGGGACCUCCAUUCCGAAGCACCCGAUUUGUUCCUUCAUCUUUCUCGAUCAGAUCUGGUCAUCUUCAAGGGGGACCUCAACCACCGCAAGUUAACAUACGAUUGUGCCGCACCGGCGAGCACCCCAUUUGAGGUAGCCAUCGGCCCAAUGGCCAGUGCAGCAGGUGCUCCGAAGGUCGCAACUCUUCGCACGAUCAAGAGCGAUGUCGUUGUUGGCCUCGGUCCAGAUGGAGAUCGUAUCGCAGAGAACCUCGACCAAACUGAAGCUGGCUGGAAGAUCAGCGGCAAAUAUGCCGUGGUUCUUCUCUCUGAGGGCCGUCCGGGAGAGAAGGUUCGAUUUGCUUAG